AUGCUUGCCAGAACGCUAAAGGCCCAGUCUAGGCAAUUAAGGCCAGGUAUAGCGCCUAGGCUUAGCAUUCGUGCUCCACAAUUCCGUUUGGCUCAGUCCAGAUUGUACAACCAGUACCCUUACAUUCAACAGGCGUACAAGCCUUCGAGGUUUAAGAAGCUGCUUUACUUUGCUAUAGCAUUUGUUACUGUCAGCACAUUUGCAUACUACUACUUUUGGCCUAAGCAUACGUUUCCUAAACUGGUGGCGAAGAUCCUUAGAAAGGGUCUUUGGGCUGAAUCCAAUAAGGGAAAUGCCGAUUGGUCGCUAGCAUUGAAGUACUACAUUGAGGCUCUUCAAGAGUGUGAUAGUUUGGAUAUGGAUACGUUGAGUGAUGAGUAUACGGGUAUCCAGCUUAAAAUCGCCGAGAUGUAUGAGCGUUUGGGCAUGAACGAGGAUGCUAGUCUUCUUCUUACUGAGCUCAACACCUACUAUGUUUCUGUGCUUACAGCACCACCAGGCUCGGAUCUUGCCAAGAAGGUGAAGAAUAAGGCUCAUAGAGGUCGUUUGAUUCAGAGAAGUUUGCGUACAGCUUUGAAGGCGUGUCAAUUCAUGGAUGGAUCUCCAGGGUUCGCCAAGGCAUUCCUUAUAACCAAUUUGAUCAUUGCAAAUGAUGAAGCAAAGCUGAAAAUGGCCGGUGAUUUGAUAGCUGCCGCUACUGAAGGCAAGGAAGAGUUCAAAGAACUUCAGGGUAAGACCCUUAAUGAAAGUAAUCCAGAUGCUUUCUUUCCAUUUGCGGAGGAGUACUUUGGCGUGUGUGAUCUCUUGGCUGUGAUUUCCAUUCAGCUCAACGACAUUGAAACUGGACUCUGGGCAAGAAUGUUAAUGACCGAGGACAUGAUCCAGGCCAAUAUGAGUCAGGACAGGAUUAUGCUUUCACAGUGUAAUGUGGCCUCUAUGCUCUACAUGUUGAUGGAGAAGAGAGAAGGAGAGCUUCUCAUUCAUCAAAGACACGUCAUUGAAAGAUCAGACGUUUUGGACAAGGACGAGCUUUCCAAGAAAGAUAUCCGUCAGCUUCGAUCUCAGGCUACCAAGUAUAUGACCAAUGAGGAGAAGCAAGUCAACGAUGUGAUAUUAGAAUCGAUUAAACGUUUGCAAUCGCUAGUCAUUUCCACAUACGACACGAUCGUCACCGCUUGGAAGAAAAUGCCGGCUGAACUCAAAAACGAUUCCAUGGACCAGACUGCGGCAAUUGCAACAUAUGGAUUAGGUGUGGUACAUCUCCACUUGGGCACUUACCGUGAAGCCGAGAGAUACCUUCGAGAGGCCCGUGUAAGAUCAAAGAAUUGCAGCUACGACGUGUUGCUUUCUGAGAUUGAGCGAGAGAUGGAGAAGUUGAAGCAGGAAAAGAAUAAGGCUAGUCAGCGUGCUAGCGACGAGCACCAGAGUGGUUCAGAUUUGCUUCAAGCCAACGAAGUGAUUGACGAAAUCGAAGCUACUCCAGUUCAAGCCAAUGAAUAA